AAAAUGGACCCGCCCCCACGUCCCUCUUUCACUUUUAGUUAGCGAGCUAGUCCGAAGCCUUGGGAUUGUAAUGGGGCUCGGGGGAGGGGGAAGCAAGUGAGCGAAUUAGGCUUGGAGCGCAGUCACCCUCGCCUUGGUGUACCUUCCCCGGGCCUAGCUGAGUCUAUUGGUCGGUCCCGCCCACUGAUCCGUUGAAUGGAGCUCGCGCGGUGAUGUCACGCGGCCGGAAGCGGAGCCGCCGAAUGGAGCUUUGUAGACAUCAUUCCAGCGAGUGAAGCAUAGAGAAUGGAUGCUCUCCGUAGAAAGGUGUUUCGGGGUAGACACGCUGCUGCUUCAGAAACCGUCAGACUUAGGAAGAGAAAGUCAACAUUGUACAGUAAAGAGCGCUGCAACGCAGAACGAGGUGCAGGUGCAGGAUUAUUUGGUCCGGACUCGUAUUUAAUUAUGUUCAGUGUCGUUUUAAGGAUAGUGAACUGCUUUCUGGUCCAAACGAGUUUCGUUCCUGAUGAGUAUUGGCAGUCACUGGAAGUUGCACACAAUAUGGUCUUCAAAUAUGGUUAUUUAACCUGGGAAUGGAAACAGAAACUUCGAGGCUACGUGUAUCCAUUGUUCUUCGCAAGCUUUUUUAAAUUGUUACAAAUCUUCAAGAAGGAUACAGUUCAACUCCUGAUCUGGGUUCCGCGACUAGUCCAGUCCAUCCUUGCAGCACUGGCAGAUGUAAAAUUGUAUUCAAUUAUGAAGAAGCACGAGAGCACAGAAAUUGCUAAAUGGGUGUUCUUUUCACAGAUGUGUUCCUGGUUCACCUGGUAUUGUAGCACCCGGACAAUUACAAAUAGUAUGGAAGCUGUUCUAACCGUCUUUACGCUUUAUUACUACCCUUUUCAGGGUACAAAGACUGGGAAUAGUUCAAAGUAUCUGGCUCUGACUGCUUUUGCGAUCGUUGUGCGUCCUACUGCUGUUAUCCUUUGGCUACCGCUGCUAUUUUUUCAUUUCUGGCAGGAGCUGAAGAAACUGGAUCUAUUUUUGUACAGAUGUCUACCAGUUGGAUGCUUAACGCUUGGAAUUUCUCUGACAAUUGACCGAAUAUUUUAUGGCGAGUGGGUUAUGGUUCAAUGGAAUUUCCUCAAAUUUAAUGUGAUUCAGAACAUGGGAUCAUUCUACGGCUCACACCCUUGGCACUGGUACUUCACUCAGGGAUUUCCUGUUAUCAUGGGAACUCAUUUUCCCUUCUUCAUUCAUGGAUGUCUUUUGGUGCCCAAGAAGUACAGAGUUUUGCUAAUAGCGGUGACAUGGACCCUCGUGGUGUAUAGUUUCUUAAGUCAUAAGGAAUUCAGGUUUAUUUAUCCAGUAAUGCCUUUCUGCAUGUUGUUUUGCGGCUACUCAUUGGCUAAUUUGAAAACGUGGAAGAAGCCAGCAGUCUGUUUUCUGUUAUUUUCAAAUAUGUCUCUAGUUUUGUAUACUGGAUUAAUUCACCAGCGUGGAACACUGGAUGUAAUGCAGCAUGUUCAACAGCUCUGUAAGGACAUGUUGCCAGAGAAAGAUGAGCCCUCCUUAUUCUUUUUGAUGCCCUGUCAUUCAACACCAUUUUACAGCCAUGUUCAUUGCCCAAUAAAAAUGAAGUUUCUGGAAUGUCCUCCAGAUCUGACUGGAAACAAUAGUUAUAUUGAUGAAGCGGAUUUGUUUUUUGAGGAGCCACUUAAGUGGUUGAACAUACGAUUUUCUGGUCAAGCUUCACUUCCCACUCACUUAGUAUUUUAUAAUGCAAUAGAACAGAAAAUAGAACCAUUUCUGAUGAGCAGGGGCUAUGUGAAAACUGCAGUAUAUUUUCACACUCAUCUGCCAGAUGGUCGAAUAGGAAGUCAUGUUCACGUAUACGAAAGGAAGAUGUUGGAUGAUAGAUGACAAUUUUUAUGUUUUAAACCUUAUUGUAAAUAUUUCUACUAUCAACUUUUGUUAUAAAUAUUCCUUCUGUCCAAAAUUUAUGCCUUCUCUGUUUCUGAAUAACUGAGUUGAUGUAGCAUGGUAUCUGUGCAACUAUCCAAUGGGAAGUGCCCUUUUAAAUUGAUAAAAAUGUAUUCUCCAAAUGAAGUUGAGACUGAAACAUAGCCCUGCACUGUGAUGUCUAUUAAUAAAGUGCAUUUUGGGAAAUUUUAACUUUUCAAAAUCAUGUCGAUUGAAGCAGAAUAUUUUUGGCCGGUGAUAAAAUGCUCAAAUUAAGUGAACUCAGGAAUUGCUUAUUAAUACCAGUCCUGUUCCUGUGAAGUUGGUCGGGGCGGAGGGGGGAUAUAGGAUCUGAUAUGACAAAUGAUUCCCAUGUUGGUGACCCUGGCAUCUUCCAGGAGCUUUAUGAUCUUUAGAAAUGAUUGGUACCAUAGAAGAUUAAAGCCUUCUGCAAUAUGUCACCCUGUUUUGGUCAGUUGACUGAAACAAAGUUUCUCUUUGAAUUUAAAAUGUAUAAGCAGAUGCUUGUCAUACCACAUGGAUUCUCUUUAGCUAUGUUGCAUUUUCAUGCUAAUUAAAAGAUUCCCUUUGUCAUCUGUA